GUUCUGCUCCCAACCAGCUCUACAUUGUUCGAUAUGACCAGAUCUGACAGCGCAUCACUUCUUGUUGGCCCCCCACAAACUGGCCCAUGAAAUGAUCCUGUAUCUUGUGUCUAUCAUUAUUGAGCUUUCUAGUAAUAUCGGCUUGGCACCUGAAGCUCUCGUGAUGGGGACGUCCUUUUCAGACCUGUUGCCUUGUGCACAUAUUUGCACUGUAGUGACUGAGCACCCGGACUUGUUUGUCUCCUCCCAGGGCCAUUAAAGUCAAGCUGUCAGACACCUGGUCCCUUAUUUAUACCUCUGGCCGUCUACUGAUCAGCAAGUCGCCUUCUGUAGACUGACACUCGUGAGACAGGCAUCAUGUCAGGGGUUGCAGCUAAAGUUGCCAAGGACCGGGCUGUAGCCGAGGGUCUCGGUACAAACAAGAAUCCCGCAAAGUACUUAAAUCAGGACUACGAAGAACUGCGGACACAGUGCCUGGCAUCCAGGACCCUCUUCAAAGACGACCAGUUUCCUGCUUGUGUGUCUGCCCUGGGCUACAAUGAAUUAGGACCAAACUCCCCAAAAACUCAAGGCGUUGUGUGGAAGAGACCCUCGGAAAUAUGCGCGCACCCGCACUUCAUUAUAGAUGGAGCUACCCGUGGAGACAUUCGGCAGGGCGCGCUUGGGGACUGUUGGCUGUUGGCUGCCAUUGCAUCUCUCACUUUGGACCAAGACAUUUUGGCUCAAGUAGUUCCAGACAACCAGAGUUUUGAGAAGGACUAUGCCGGAAUCUUCCACUUCCAGUUCUGGCAGUUCGGUGAGUGGGUGGACGUUGUUGUGGAUGAUCGGCUGCCCACCAAAAAUGGAGAGCUGGUGUUUGUCCAUUCAGCGGAGGGUGAUGAGUUCUGGAGUGCGCUGCUGGAGAAGGCCUAUGCCAAGCUGAAUGGUUCAUACGAAGCUCUGACUGGAGGAAGCACCAUUGAGGGUUUUGAAGAUUUCACUGGAGGAAUCUCUGAGCAAUACGAAUUGAAGAACGCGCCGGCCGAUCUCUUCCAGAUCAUACAGAAAGCUCUGAAGGCCGAGUCAUUGCUUGGAUGCUCAAUUGAUAUUACAAAUGCGUACGAUAGUGAAAGCAUCACAAGCCGAAAACUGGUUAAAGGACAUGCUUAUUCAGUCACUGGAGCAGAAGAGGUUGUCUACCGAGGACAGAAAGUGCAGCUGAUCAGAGUGAGGAACCCCUGGGGAGAAGUGGAAUGGACCGGACCCUGGAGCGAUGAUGCCCCAGAGUGGAAUUCCAUUGAUUCAAGAGUAAGAGAAGCUCUGGACAACAAGGCAGAAGAUGGAGAAUUCUGGAUGGCGUAUACAGAUUGGAUAAGGGAAUAUUCUCGGCUGGAAAUCUGUAACUUAUCACCUGACACCUUGACCAGUAAUGAUCAGCACAAGUGGAAUGUGACGCUGUUCAACGGCAGCUGGGUCCGGGGGUCUACAGCAGGAGGGUGUCAGAAUUACCCGGGAACAUUUUGGACAAACCCCCAAUUUCGGAUUAAGCUGGAUGAACCAGAUCAUGACCAUAAUGGACCCUCACGUGAACCUUCCUGCACAGUCAUUGUGGGCCUAAUGCAGAAGAAUCGGAGGCGACAGAGAAAACUAGGAGAGGACCUGCUGAGUAUCGGCUAUGCCCUGUACAAGGUUCCCAAAGAGUUGCAGCAGCAGACAGACGUCCAUCUCACCAGAGAGUUUUUUCAGAAGACUCCCGCAGCUGGUCGCUCCGACACUUUCAUUAACAUGCGGGAAGUGUCAAAACGUAUGAAGCUACCGGUAGGAGAUUAUCUGAUCGUGCCGGCCACCUUCGAGCCAAUGAAAGCCGGGGAUUUCUGCCUGAGGAUCUUCUCAGAGAAAGCUGCCAAAUCUCUGGAAGUUGGGGAUGUUGCCAAAGCCAAUCCCUAUGAGCCUCAGGUGACAGACAAGGAUCUGACCAAUGACUUCAAGAAUAUCUUCCAGAAGCUGUCAGGAGAUAAAGGUGAAGUGACGGCAAAGGAUAUUCAGACUAUCAUGAACAGACUUCUGUCAAAGAGAACAGACUUGAAAUCAAAUGGCUUAAGCCUGGCCACGUGCCGUGAAAUGGUCUCCCUCAUGGAUAUGGAUGGAACCCAGACGCUGAAUCUCAUUGAAUUCAAAACGUUAUGGUUAAAGAUACAAAAAUUCAUGGAAAUCUUCAUCAGAACUGAUAACGAUAGAUCGGGAACCAUGGACGCCCAUGAAAUGAGGGCCGCUCUGCAGGAUGCAGGCUUCACACUCAACAACAUGAUCCAGCAGGGCAUUGUCCAGCGCUAUGCCGAUGGUGACCUGACUAUCAACUUUAACUCUUUCAUUUCGUGUCUGAUACGUUUGGAGACCUUAUUCAAAAUGUUUAAACAUUUGGACAAGUAUAACAGUGGAAGAAUUGAAUUCUCCUUACCAGAGUGGCUGUGCGCUACGGUGAUCUAGAAGAAGUCAACAAUGGCAAAGACUCGCUCUCAAUAUGUUACUUUUUUAUUUUAUGAAUAGGAGACAUUGUAUAGGGUUAUUGUGGAUAGUUAAAUUUAUUGUACUGAUAGUGUUUCUAGGAGUUUAGCUAGAUGGGUGCCAAGGCCUUAGGAGGGCUUCAGAUGAUUUUACAUUGUUUGUGUGUGCCAAUGAGGAAUGUUCAGGGUGCCACACUUAUUUCUCUUGUGGUCCGGUUUCACUGUGGUCUCCGUUUGAUUUUUAUUAGAUUUUUUUGUUUUGUAUCAUUGUCUGUUUUAUCAAUAUGAAAAUAAAUAUAUAAUAUUUAUGUGUCACUGACAUUGUAAUUGGUGAUUAGGCGGCUAACCUGACAAGGAAGGAAGCGGCUGGUGGGGGUUUAUGAAAGAGCAAUAUGGGAUAAUAGAGGGCAUGGGUCACUAGUCCUCCCCCUGAGAGGUGAAUGUAUUUGAAAGCAUCUCUAUCCCUUUGGGUAACUAAAGAAAGCCUUCAGCAUUCUCUUUUAUGCAUUUUAUUGGGUCAAGUAUACUAAAGAUACUUGGUCACAUGGAUGA